GUCACUUUUCAUCUCAGAGCCGUUUGAAGCUUCUCGGCGCUGCAUAGAAAGUUAGGAUUUGUAACUAAAAUAAACUCGAAAUAAAUACGCAAUCCGGAAAUCUAUAAAAACUUAAAAGAACAGAGAAAGCUUAUAAGAUAGUUAUAAAGUAAAUAUAUGCCUGUGAUUAGAAGCGAAUGUAGAAAAACCACUUCCGGCUCUGAUGCAAUCACCCGCCUCGGAAUUCUAUUGGCAGAACGUGAAUCACGUUAACGUGAUGGGUGGAGCUUAAGAAUGACAGGGCAGCAGGACAGCACGUUUUAUUUGAGAAAUCCGUUAUUCAUAUAGUUUCUGUUUUUUUAUUAUUAUUAAUUCGGUUUAUCAGAACUAACUUCGCGUCUUUAAACGGUUCUGUUCUCAUUUCCGAUUUAAAUUGUGCAUUAAAUCUCGCUACUUUAUUAGCUGGGUUAGCUUAGUUAGCCAGAGAGCUACAUUAACUACAGGUCACUUUUAGCUAAACGGUUUCAGAGACUCUUAUUUCGGUUUUUCUUUAUUAAUUCUUUAUUAUUAUUUCUGUCUGUUUCGGUUGUAGAUAACAGACAGGUAACUGAUAAACAGGUAUAUGUUGGUGUUAUGGCAGACAGAAGCUCACACAGUGUCUACAACAUCUUUAACUCCAUGGAGUUCGGACCUUCUGCUGAAAGUUCAGCUGCUACUGCUGCGUCCUGGUUGGAGAGGCACUCUCGCUCUCUUGGCCUGUUUAUUGACGGGAAGUUUGUGCACCCGGAUAACAGAGAGACUCUCGCAGUUUCUGAUUUGAAAGGUGAGAUAUUGUGCAGCAUUGUGUGUGCUGAUGAUGAGGACAUUUUGAGCUGCGCAACUUCAUCUGCUAAAGGAUUUCAAAAGUGGAAGGAGAUGAGUGACAGUUGGAGACACAAAGUGCUACUCAGGUUAGCGAGCUCACUGCAGAGGUACAGCCAGUGUGUGUGUGAAGUGUGUGAUCUGUGUCGGAUUCCCGGUUCCGCCCCGGCACUCGUCCGACUGGCUCAGUAUUACGCUGGCUGGGCUCAACUCCGACACACACUCCUGCCUGAGUGGAACCCACGAGGUGUGGUUGCCGUGGUGAUGUCAGAUGAUGUUUUUUUCUACUCCGUUUGGCUGAAGGUUCUUCCAGCUCUUGCUGUAGGUAAUGCUGUCAUUGUGGUUCCUGGAGUAAAAACUGCUCCUCCCACCCUCCUAUUGGCCCAGCUGUUAAUGGAGGCGGGACUUCCUGCUGGUGUGCUGAACGUGGUGACCGGCAACGGCUCAGUGGGAGUCCGAGUGGCUCAGAACAACCAGAUCAGCUACGUCAGCUACAGUGGGAGCAAACAGGAUGGAGAGCUGUUGAUGAAACAGAUGGCUGGGCGGGGCAUACCUGUCUCUCUCUCCCUGUCUGUCUGCUCUGUGUGUCCAUUCAUCAUAUUUGAGACUGCAGAUGUGGACAGCGCUGUAGAUGGACUGAUGGACACUGCUUUCAAAAACUGUACUGAGUGGCGGUGGGUGGUGUGUGUGCAGGAGUCGGUGUAUGAUGCCGUGGUGGAGAAGCUGAAGUUCAGGAUGGCUGGAAUGAAGUGUGUUGGUGUGAGUGAUGAGUGUGAGAGAGGGCGAGUGGACGCUGCAGUGCAGGAGGCAGAACAGCAGGGGGCGACGUUGAUCCAGUCUCGUCCUCCACCCUCAUCUGGAUGUGUGUAUCCCCCCACAGUGGUGUGUAACGUGGCUCCCUCCUGCUCCGCAGUGGUGUCUCCUCCGCCUGGCCCCGUCGUGCCCCUGCUAUCCUUCAGGAGCGCUGCAGAGGGCGUGGCUUUGGGAAACUACAGACCUCAUGGUCGAGUUGCUUCCAUCUGGACUGAAGAUCUGACAUUGGCUUUGGAGACGGCAAAGAGUCUGUGUGUGGGUUUGGUGUGUGUGAACACUCACUCUGUGACAGAUCCUUCUCUCCCGCAGUCUGGACGGAGAGAAAGUGGAACCUGCACUGACGGAGGUCGAGAGGGUCUGUAUCAGUUCCUGAGUGCAUCCGUGACUCCGGCCCGCUCUGAACCCGUCUCUGUGGACUACACCAGAUUUGGUGCUGCAGCAUCCAGAUUCCUGGUUCCAGAAGGUUCUAAUUCGUCCAGUGUCUCUCGCUCCUGCAGUCACCUGGUAGGGGGGAAGGUGUGUAAAGCUGAUUCGGGCUGCAGUAGGGCAGUGCAGGCUCCAGGGGGCACUGUUUUGGCUCAGUGUCCUGAUGGUGGCAGGAAAGAUGUCCGUAACGCAGUGGAAGCCGCACUGAAGGCCCAGCCGGGAUGGAUGAAGAAAAGUCCGGCAGCUCGAGCUCUCGCCCUCUACUCCCUCGCUGACAGUCUGGACAAAAGAAGGCAGGACAUGGCUGCGUCAAUCCACAAUCAGACCGGUCUCUCUAUGGAGGAGGCAGCUCAGGAAGUGGAGCUUAGCAUCACCAGGCUUUCUGAUUGGGCCGCACUGUGUGAUAAGCAGAAUGGACACGUGCCACUCCUCCCUCACACUGGCUCCGCCCUCUCGACCCCAGAGGCUUUAGGAGUUGUGGGUGUGGUCCUGCCUGAUACCAAGCCUCUUCUCUCCAUGGUGUCCGUUCUGGGGGCAACUGUUUCCGUGGGCAACGCCGUCGUCAUGGUGCCAAGCGAGAAGUUUCCUCUUCCAGCUCUCGAUUUCAUCUCGGUUCUCCAGGCAUGUGAUGUUCCUGCGGGUGUGGUCAGUGUCAUCAGUGGUGGAAAGGAUCAGCUGACCCAGGCCUUGGCCAAUCACAAUGAGAUCCAGGCCAUAUGGUACUGGGGCAGCGCGGAGGGCCGUCAGUUUCUGCAGCACUGUAGUCCUCUGAAGCGUCUGUGGUUGCACUGUGAGGAAGAGGAGGAUGAAGAUGGAAGAAAAUUCUGGACCAAGCCGAGUUUCUCAAUGCAGGAGGAGAUGUGGAGAGAGUGUGUGGUGUGGAAGAGUGUGUGGAUCCCCACCGCUUAGACAGACAGAUAGACAGACACACACGCACACAAGCAGAGUCAGAGAGAAACGAGAGGUGUGUGUUUACUGUUAAUGAAUAUUUAGAAUGACUAAAUAAAAUAAAUAUAUUCUAGUUUUAAUAAAUAUAUUAUAAUAAACAUCGCGGUUUAUUAAAUCAGAGUUUUCUCACUGAGAGUUUGGAAGGUUGAGUUCUGGGUUUUAUAUAAAUCACACAGAGAAAAAGAACUGAUUCAGCUUUUUGAGGAGAAAAUGAACAAGUGAAAGUUCUUUUUCCAGUAAGCCUUGUUGCAAAACUCUGUCUCGUUUCUGGCCAUAAAUUUAUAAAAGCUCUCGUUUAUCACAUGGGAACUUUUAUCAUGUGAUUUGCACAUCAGACAUUCCAGGAUAAAAAUGAACACUCAGGAACACAUCAGUACUUGAAUAAUUAAGUCAUUAGUAAUAUUUUAGGCUGAAAAGCAGCAUAACUGUGGACCUGAGACUAAAGAAAAAGCUUUAACUCUCCAUUUAAUAUAAUUGGUGCAAAUGAAUUACUAAUUCAUGUAAUAUAAUUUCUACCAGACUUUCUAUAUUACAUUAUUUCAUCUUCUGUAACGUUUAAGUUUGAAUAACCCUAAUCCUAGUGUGUGUGUGUGUGUGUGUGUGUGUGUGAUUGUGCCUUGUGAGGGGUUGGUACCCUGUCCAGGGUGUCCCCACCUUGUGCCCUGAGUUCCCUGGGACCGGCUCCAGGCUCCUCGCGACCCUGUGUAAGAUAAACGCUACAGAAAAUGGAUGGAUUACAGAAUCGGCCAGACUCAGAUUUCAGUGUUCAUGAUUACUGCUGUAGAUUUUUCCCAGAACUUUAUCAUCACCGUCUGAUUCUGAUGCACAGAAACAGUUUUGAGAGGAAAUUAAAAAGUUUCUCCACAGCUUUUAUUAAGUGCAUAGAUUUUAUAAUUGAAACUAAUUUACAUCGUAUUUAACCUGCUAAAUCUGUGAGAAUACUGAGAACGCUGCAAAGUUCUAAUAAUGUCAUUCUACUUCAUCAUUAAGUAAUUCAUUUCCAUUAAACCUUCUGUGACAUUCUUUUCCCAGUUUGUGUGAGUAAUGUAAGAUUUUUUUUUUGAUUGAACGCAGAGAUCACACACACACACACACCAUGCCUGAAUCUAAAGACUUGCCCCCAAAUUUGUGGUCCAACUUCACAAAUAGCUGCAGGCAUCAGAGAAGCUUUUCCACUUAAAUAGUCUUUGAGCCAGAGAGUUUGUGAUACUCAGGAUGUGAGAACUGAAAUAUGCGGUGCAGUGUUGAAUCACAACAGCGAAAACCUUUCUCCUCAGGUGAGGGUCACGUCCCAAAUCAAACUCUGCCCGACAGCAGUACACCAGGGUGUCUAAACUAUUUAGGGGUCCUGUGAGAUUAUUACACACAGUGGGAAAAGACACAGCACCACUCACAGUACAAACUCUUCUUCCUUGAAAUGUAGAUUUUAAAUGAUUGUUAAUAUUACAGGUCUAGAAGCACAGUUAAAAUUUAGAGACUACAUUGUUUACCCUUUAGGAGUUAAGUCUUUAAUCAAAUUUGUGUUAAAGGAGGAAAACAGUUCUUUACAUUUAAAACAUGAUUUCAGUCUUGUCUUAACUGGUGUCAGAUUUCAAUUCCCAUUAACACAAUCGUUACUAUUUUCAUAAUAAAUGUAGUGUUAAAAGGAGAUUUCUAAAAUUAAAUGAAAUCAAAUAAAACAAUUAUUUGGUUGUUUUCCUGUUCCUUUUUACAUAUGUUAAAAUAAUAAACACUGAGGCUGACACUGAACUGCUGAAUCACUGAACUGCUGAAUCACUGUGACACGGCAAAAUUUUACUGUCUCACUUAAGAGUCUCUGAAAAAAGCUGACUUCAGUGACAAUUUUUUUAUCACAGAUAUGAAAUGAAAUUAAUUAUGAAAAAAAUCUAUUCCUCUUUUAAAGCUGAGAAACAUUGAAUGUACAUUACACUGUCUGUAAAGGUUUUCAGUCCUAACUCAGUGAGAAUGUGUGUUUAAAGCUCUGACAUUUUCUACCCAAAAACUAAAAUCUUGCACAAGUGUUUGGUGAAUUUGUGUUUGUUUGACAUUCACAAAACUUUAUCUCUUAAAUUUAACCGACACUUUUAGUCCAAAAUUAAAGCUCAGCAUCAUCUAGCCAUUUUUCUCUGAUGUCUUGAAGUUGCUUGGAAUCCAUGUUUAAAAAGUACAGAGUUAAAAUGGAUUGGAGAAUUAAGUAUUGUGAGUGAACUGCAGUUAAAUUACAUUAUAAAGGUCAUGUCUCAGUUUUCUGCUGCUGUAAGCAACUGUUGGUUUGUAAAUUGCUUCUCUUUGUGAUUUGCGUUAGAGGGAAGACAUUAUGAAACAGUGUUGUGUGAUACGCAGUCAGGAGGUAAACAGGAAAAACAGGAUACGCUGAGUCACAGUGACACAGCACCUUUUCUACUCAGGUGAUAUUCCAACUGAAGCUUCAUACAUUCAAAUGCUUCAUCACACAUUAUGACAUGAUUUUUAUCUUCAGAAUGAAUUUAACCACAAAUAGUUAUUUUAUCGGAUAAAAUUAUAUACUGAAUUUAACUGUUUUAAACUGGCUCAUGGAAAAGGGAUAUGUUAUUAUUUUGUCAUGCAAUAUACAAUUUAUAUAUAUAGUUAUAUAUAUGUGUGUGUGUGUGUGUAUAUAUAUAUUUAUAUAAUAUAUUCUACAGUGGGUUACACAAUCAGAACAAAAGUAAAUGAAAAAGUAAAGAUUAUAUUUAUGGCAUUUGGCAGGUUAGAUACACAACAUGAAGAAUUGUAGCUAUUGGGAAGUGUGUGUGUGUGUGUGUGCGUGUGCACGGGCGCAAGAUUUAAUUUGUAAUAGUUUAUGUGAACUCUAAUCUGGACAUGUAAAGUUUGAUCUUAUCUGUUUCUCUGUAAACUGGGCCAGAGAUCAUUCCCUGAUAGCAGAUGAUGGAUGAAGGACAGAGUCCACAGAGAAGGUUAAUGAUUAAAACUGAAUGUUUGUGAGGUUCUUAUGGACCAUGUGGAAAAUCAUGUGAGACUCUAUAAUGGAUUAAUAAUAAACUUUGCAUGUUGUUUAAUCCUAA